GCGGAACCUUCAUACAGGAACGGGAGUUCCAUCCGGAGGGUUGAUGGAGCUGGAUCGUUAGCGGCCUCCCAGUGUUGGUAGUUAGUGAGGUAACCAGACACUAGCCGACUAGUGAAGCGGCUGGUUUCUGGUUGGGUGCUACGACAGCUCACGAGAGGAUGGCGGCGGCGGGCGGUGGUGGCGAGGAGCGGCCGCGUGCGGCCGUGGGAGAGCCGGAGGAAGGAGAGGAGGAGGACUGCGGCUGCAGCGGGAGCGCGCUCCGCGCCGAGUUCGAGGAAGCGGCCGAGCACGUGAUCAAGCUCGCGCACGUGGCGAACCGGGAAAAGCUGCUCUACCUGUACGGCAGGUUCAAACAGGCCAAAUUUGGAAAAUGCAAUAUUCCAAAGCCUGGAUUCUUUGACUUUGAAGGCAGACAGAAAUGGGAAGCAUGGAAGGAGUUGGGUGAUAUGACUGCACAACAGGCUAUGGAGGAAUAUGUUGCAGCUGUAAAGGAAUUAGACCCAGAAUGGCAGACUAAGGAUUUAUCGAAGGAGUCUGGUCUGAAAGUACGAUUUGGUGGUCCAGUAGUCAGCAGUCUUUACCAGGAGGAAACAAUUAGGGAAGAAGACAAAACUAUAUUUGAUCACUGCAGAGAGAACAACAUUGACCAUGUUUUAAAAGCUCUAUCUAACAAUGUGGAUGUUAACCUGAAGGAUGAGGAGGGCAGAGCAUUACUGCAUUGGGCAUGUGACCGAGGACAUAAAGAGCUGGUUGGAAUGUUGCUUCAACAAAAAGCUGAAAUCAAUAGUCAGGGACCACCACCCAGGCCAUGCCCUCUUCUUGCUGCUACCAUCAGGAAGAAGGCACAGGAACCUCAGGACUCACACCACCAGGUUCAUGAACAGUUAUUACCCCUCAACCAUCAGGCUCUUGAAACAGGGAGGAUAACUUCAGUCAACUUCACUUGCCCCAUCUCUGAACUGUUCCCACAACCUAUGGACUCACUUUCAAGGACUUUUCAUCAUAUGUUCUCAGUAUUUAUUACUUAUUUAUGUAUGUAUGUAUUAUUAUUUUUCUUUUGUAUUUGCACAGUUUGUUGUCUUUUGCACACUGUCUGCCCUGCUGGUUGUGGUCUUCCAUUAAUUCAAUUAUGGUUAUUGGAUUUAUUGAGUAUGUCCAGAAGGAAACAAAACUUUGCGUUGCAUAUGGUGAAUACAAUAUAUGUACUUUGAUAAUAAAUUUACUUUGA